AUGUUGCAGAAUUAUUCUGACUUAUUGAAACUCUUUCCAAAUACAUUCUGUAUAAGUGGCUUAAAAUAAGUAAUCUCAUUUUUUACUUUCAUUGUAUUAUGUGUUUCCAUGAAAAUCGUUGCUGCUGGUUGCUGUUGGAGGCUGCAGCUGCUUCUGGUAUUAUGAUUAUUGCUCCUGUCCCCAGUAUGUUUGUAAUCAAUAACAAAAUGCAAUUUACUUUCAAUGUUUAUGUUUCUUUCUAGGUGCGGUAAAAUCACUUUCACACCUUCAUGUGCAUUUUUAACAAUGGCGCCCAACUUUUUACAAGAGUCCCAAACACAUAAAUUUCAUUGAUAAUAAUGUACCGAAUCAGUUUAUGCUAAAAAAUUUCUAUUUAUAAUUUUUCCCGGCAAUGGAUGUUUUGAAGAUUAAUCUGACAGGUCUACUUUUGCAGCAACUCCCACCCUAUACAGUGCGCACAUUUUUUCUUCGGUAGACGGUACGAAUGCACUUCCCCUCUCGCCGUGCAUACGCAUGUGACUCCUACCAAGCACCUGAGAAGAAAUAUGCGUAGAGUUCGGCUGGUGACCGCUAGAGGUUUUCAUUCUUAGUGCGCAUAUUUUGGUUGACUUUUUUAACAUUGCAUUGGCGAUCUUCCUACUCAUCCCUAGUACAAUCUGUUAUUACAUACAUCUACUGUAAGAUAAAUAUCAUGAUAGAAGCUUGUCUUAUAUCUGACAAAAUAAGUUAUAAGACAAAAACAAUUGCGCAAAAUGCAGUAUUAUCGUAGGACAAAUGGUUAAAGUUGAAUUGAUUGAACAAAAAGAUUAUAAGAUAAGAUAAAUAAUAACAUAAAAACACAAAACAGAACAAAAUACUGUUGAAUGGAAAACGAUAUUUACGAAGUAAUAUACGCGCGCGCGCGCGCGUGUGUGUGCGGUGUACACACAUACAUAUAUAUAGACAACGUUUGAAAGUUCUAACCUAAAAUUUUCGAAUAAUGACUAUUACGUUAUUUUUUAGCUGAUAAAUAUCGAAAGAAAUGCGGAUAAAUAUUGUGUUGAUAUAAAGGAAAUUAAAACUUUUGUUUAGUAAUAUAUAAAGAUGCCAACAGUUAUAGCACUAGAUGUGUCUUUAUCAAUGAGGCGUCCUAUAUUAGGAAGCGGAUCUGGUGAAAAUAAUCAAAUUGAACAAUUAACAAGACAUAACUUAGCUGUACAUGGCAUAAAUGCAUUAUUACAUUAUUUGCAAGCAAACUCAAAAUUAGAAUUUGUGGCUUUAGUUGUGUUUUCCUCAUUGUACGAAGUUAUUUGCCCAUUCACUCGUGAUUAUGAUAGCAUACGUUCAAAAUUACAAAAUAUCGAAGAAUGUGACAAGACUUGUAUUGAAACUGCUCUUCAUGGUGUUAAUAAUGUUAUUAUGGCAGAAUGGGGUAAUACUACUGCUUGUCAAGUAGUGUUAAUCACUGAUGGUAAUCCUGGAGUAGGACCGAUGUCUUUAGGUGAUUCUUUGAAUUCCUUAAAUGUAACAAGAGAUGUAAAUCCAUUUCCACUACCUUUUCCUUAUCCAGGAAAAUUAAGCGUUAUAUGCCUUGCAUCACAACAAGAUGCUGGUUUACACGCUGGUUUACCACUGUACCAACGUUUAGUUGAUCUUGCUGGUGGUGAUAGCAUAGUAUUAGUGCCCGAAGCUCCACUUUCAAAACAUUCGGUCACAACUUGUUUUCAAAAAUUAUCAGAAGCUAAUUAUGUGUCUUUUCAAGGAUAUUUGAAGUGUGGAAAUUUGGGUUCUCGCAUUCUUCUUUCACCAGCACCUAUGCCAUACACUAAGAAGACAGAUUUUGAAUUAACAUCUGGGUUAAUGAUAUCAAAAACCAUAGAAAUUUGUGGAUUUAUAUCGGUAGCAGAUGUUGGUAGUCCUAGUGCUAUAUCUAGACAUUUAGUGUUACCAUUAGCCACAGAAAAGAGUUCAAGCAUGCAAGGAAUAUCUUUAGAAGAAGAUUCAGAUACGGAUGAGAAUGGAGAUGAAGGAAAAGUACCAUCCUUUUGCGUGUUAUUACAUGGAGCACUAAAGGUUGAAAAUAUGGUAGCUCUCUGUUUGUUAAACAGUGAAUGGUAUGGAUUUAUAUAUUCAUGGGCAGAUACAAAAAAAAAGUCAAAUUUAAUGUUAACAGUAUUAGAACCAGGUUUAGAUGUUGUGCCUUGGUUAGGUAACUUCAGCAAUUUAGGUCCUAUUGAUGCAGCUAAAGGUACUGCUGUUAGUUUUCCAGUUAGGCCAAAUGACAAAAGGAGUUAUACUCAAAGUGGACCUUCUUGGAUUCGUCAAGGCGGGUUACAGUCAGAUAUUCAGAAAAUUUUAAGGCAUGCAAGAAAGUUACCUGAGAAAACUCAAAACUUCUAUAAGGAGGUGAAUCGAUUACGUAAAGCUGCAUCAUCAAUGGGAUUUAUAGAGCUUCUAGAAGCAGUGGCUUGCAUUUUAGAACGAGAGUGUACAUUAUUACCUCCAAAUCUUAAUCCUGACUGUACAAUUCAAAUGGGUCAUGUAGCUUCAUUGAUAAGGAAACCAGAGUUUCUAGAGCUUAGAUACAAUAUACCACCAGCACGUACUAGAUUUCAACAUGGAGGAUCGUAGAUGAAGUAACAACAUAUCUGUGACAUAUAUAUAUAUUUAUAUAAAAUAACAAUCAUUUUUUUACAUUAAGAAUAAGUUUAGUAUUUUAAAUAGUGAUUUAUUAAAUACUUUGGAGAUACACACAUACAAUUAUAAUUUUUAUAUUACAAAG